AUGGAUAAUGUUCUUUUUCUCACAUGUUUUCGUGUUUUGUGUCUUCUGCUGUAUUGCUCUUCCUCUGAUGCACAACAUUUCGAUUUUCAGCCCUCCUUUAUGAUCACACGUGGACCUUUAGUUACUGCACUGCUGAAUGGAAGCAUCUCAAAUAUAACCCUGAAUCUGCAAUCAAUAUCACCUCCCAAUGAGACUGACAGCUUUGAUCCUGCUUCAUGUGUGCCUGGUGUGACACAGUGGAUUAUGACAAGUGAACGCAUUGCAAAAAAUGCUGUUCAAGUCAAAAUUUACGCUCUGCUGAUUUCUGGCAAUCCGCUAUUUGAUAACAAAACAAUUAUUCAAAAUCAAGUGUACCGGCCUUUGGGAGUGUGUCCAUGCGACCUUACUUUCAAUACUUGUGAUUUAUGGUGCUGCUGUGAUGAGGACUGUUCAAGUAAAGAUUUGCAUCUUUUCAAGUUCCGAUGUCUUCCUGGGCCAUUUGGUGGUCAGUUCCCUGAUCCAGAGUACCAGUGCUCAUCCCAGUCCACGCAGAACUCCCCAGAUUGGUAUCCGUUCUUGUGUGUCACCUCCUCACCUGAAAAUAAUCCAUAUCUUGGACUUUUCUACCAUGGAAACACAAUAGCCUUUAAACCUGGUGUAUCCUUCAGAGGACCUGUGUCCCAAGCACCAGAAUUGUUAAAUAUGUAUAUUGAAGGAAGCCCUAUUUUAACAAUAAACGAUCAGUACUUUACAAUUCCACAGACACUCAAUGGACAUUGUGUAAAUAAUGCUCCAGUGGCUUUUUUGAGAGACUUUGAUGUCACAUGUGUGACCCCACUGAAGGCUUGUCCAAUGGAGUCUCCAUUGCAGACAAUACAUGAACAACUAAGAGCUAUUGUGAAGAAUGGUGUUGGUGGAAAUGCUGUGGUGGAUGUAAUUGACAAGCUGGUCACUGAAUUAAAUGACUUCAUUACAAGCAGUGGAACCUCUGACGCUUCAGCCUUAGUGUGUGAAAACAUCACCUUGGCCCUGGAUUACAACUUCUACUGGAAAGAAAAUGGCAUAACUGGGAUCACACUAACUCGCACUGUUGGCUCUGUAACUCUCUAUGACACAAUGCGAUUGACAACAAGAUACUCUGCAAAGUUUCUAUGUGGAGACAUUUUGAGUGAACCCAAUUCAGGAAAUCCAGGGUAUCAAGUAGGGAGGCCUGUAAUUGGAGGAAUUCUUAACACAUCAAUGGAAAACAAUACUGCAUCAAUAGCUAGGUCGCCAAUAAAUCUGUGGAAGCCAGUCAACAGUGGACUUUGUUUUAAUGCUGAUGUGAGGCCUGUGCUAUUUGGUGAGAAUUCAACAUCUGGAUGUCUGCUUCCUGUCAGUCUGCAAAAUCUUACUGAAUGUAGUCUCCUGAGAGCUACUGUGAGUUCCCUCCAAGAAGCACUCGUUGAAGCCACAUUGGUUGCUAGAAUUGGUCGCCCUGAUCCUCUAACUCUAGCAGACUGGAUAAAUAUCAGCUAUGUGACCUUGAAUUCCAGCAUAGAAGAAGAUUCAAACAGCUCAUGCAAUGAUAUACCAGCGCAUUUUCACAUCUAUGUGUGGACUCAUGUCACUGGCUUUGUAGACGGGAUUCCUCAGAAAGAAUUGAAAGACGUGCAAAUGAGCUAUAGUCUGUUUUCUUGGAAACUGGAAUGUGGAGGAGGGGAUUCAGCAGCGUGUUUGGAUCCAGCAGAAACACAGUUGCUUCCCAUCACUUCCUCCGCCACAUUCAUUGAUAUUCCUUUAAACCCAGGACCACCCAAAAACAGAUAUCAAAUAAAUUUCACCGAGUAUGACUGUGACAGGAAUGAUGUAUGUUGGCCUGAGCUCGCCUUCCCUAUGACCAGGUUUUACACUGGUGAGCCGUAUUCUCAAGCUCUGGCAAAAGGCCUCAUUUUGGUGUUCUUCUUUAUUGUUGCUUCGGUUCUGGGAACUCCUUGGAGGCAAAUUCGGCAGAUAUGGAUCUCAAUUUAA